AUGUCUGUUUACGCCCUUUCGCAGGCCCACAAGGAGCAACUCGAGAAGUCUUUGGUUGAGACUGACUCUGAAGUUGCUGGGAUUAUGAAAAGAGAGAUCCAGCGCCAGAGAGAGUCAAUCGUCCUCAUUGCUUCUGAGAAUGUCACAUCCCGCGCUGUUUUCGAUGCUCUAGGCUCGCCUAUGUCCAAUAAAUACUCCGAGGGUUAUCCUGGAGCUCGCUAUUAUGGUGGAAACCAGCAUAUCGAUGAGAUUGAAAUUCUUUGCCAGCAGAGGGCCCUGAAAGCGUUCAACUUGGACCCCGAAAAAUGGGGUGUGAACGUCCAAUGCCUGAGCGGAAGUCCUGCCAAUUUGCAGGUCUACCAAGCGUUGAUGAAACCUCAUGAUAGGCUCAUGGGUUUGGAUUUGCCCCACGGCGGCCACUUGAGUCAUGGAUACCAGACUCCUCAGAAGAAGAUCUCUGCUGUCUCUACAUACUUCGAGACUUUCCCUUACAGAGUUAACCUUGAAACUGGCAUCAUUGACUACGAUACCCUUGAGUCCAAUGCUCAGCUUUACCGACCAAAAUGCCUUGUUGCUGGAACUUCUGCAUAUUGCCGCCUGAUUGACUAUGCUCGCAUGCGCAAAAUUGCCGACUCCGUGGGUGCUUACUUGAUUGUCGAUAUGGCGCAUAUCUCCGGCUUGAUCGCUGCUGGUGUGAUCCCAUCGCCAUUUGAGCAUGCUGAUGUCGUCACCACGACCACCCACAAGUCUCUGCGUGGCCCUAGGGGCGCCAUGAUCUUCUUCAGAAAGGGAGUACGAAGCGUCGACGCUAAGACCGGUAAAGAAAUACAGUAUGAUCUCGAAAACCCUAUCAAUUUCUCCGUUUUCCCCGGUCACCAAGGUGGCCCUCACAACCACACCAUUACUGCUUUGGCCGUUGCUCUUAAGCAGGCUGCCACCCCAGAGUUCCGCCAGUACCAGGAGCAGGUCAUCAAGAACGCCAAGGCCGUUGAGGUUGAAUUGAAAAAGCUCGGCCACAAGCUCGUUGCUGAUGGAACUGACAGCCAUAUGGUUCUGUUAGACCUUAGGCCAAAGGGCCUUGAUGGCGCCCGUGUCGAAGCUGUCCUCGAAGCCAUCAACAUUGCUUGCAACAAGAACUCUAUUCCAGGGGAUAAGUCUGCUUUGACUCCUUGUGGUAUCAGAAUCGGUGCACCUGCAAUGACCAGCCGUGGCAUGGGUGAAGAGGACUUCAAGCGCAUUUCUAACUACAUCGACCGUACGAUCAAGAUCUGCAAAGAAAUCCAAGCUGAUUUGCCCAAGGAGGCCAACAAGUUGAAGGACUUCAAGGCAAAGGUCGCCUCUGGAUCCGUACAAGAGAUCAACGAUAUUAAGAAGGAGAUCAGCGAAUGGGCUAGCUCCUUCCCUCUUCCAGUCUAA